AUGGUUUUCAAAAUGAACGAUUUAGUCACGUUUCCUAAUAUAUCUCAAGUGGAGAUUAUUGUGAAUGGCCUGACUGGAUACCAGAAGCCUGAUCAAGUUAGGAAGGAACCUAGGAAUGCUAAAUUAUCGUCAGAAUUCUUCUCGUCUUCGAAACCAGAAGACCAAGAGCAAUGGGAGCGCAUAGUGGGUGGUAUUAAGGCCCCUAAUGGGUCCGCACCGUACCAGGUAUCUCUGCGGCUAUGGGGCGUGUGGCACUUCUGCGGGGCUUCUCUAGUGACCCCUAGAGUUAUACUCACGGCUGCACAUUGUGUUGACAGACUAGCUCCGAAGUACUUCAAAGCAGUAGUAGGCACAAACCAACUUUUAGCCGGCGGCACAGCAUACGACAUUCGAAAAAUAGUGAUACAUGAGGACUAUGACGAUUAUGUCAUUAAGAAUGAUAUCGCCAUACUGUUCACUAAUGAGGAGAUGGACUUUGGAAGGAAGGUGGAUGCCGUGGAACUUAAUGAUGAGCCUGUGGAGAAAGGGGAGGAGUUGCUGCUGACUGGGUGGGGGACUACGUCGUAUCCAGGACGUGUACCCAACGACCUAAUGCAACUGGAACUAAGGUCAAUCACGUAUGAAGAGUGUAAGGAAGCUCACAAGAGCAUUAAUCCUGUGUUCGAGACUCAGAUUUGCGCUUUGACGAAGGCUGGAGAAGGCGCUUGUCACGGUGACUCCGGCGGUCCACUGGUGCGCGAAGGUCGUCAGAUCGGCAUCGUGUCCUGGGGCAUUCCUUGCGCUAGAGGCAAACCUGAUGUUUAUACUAAGGUGGAAGCCUACAUGCGCUGGAUUGAGAAGACCCUGUACGAUGAUGACAUGGACCACGUCAGGUACAUCACUGACCACAGACGUCACAGGAGGACCAAUAGGCACUGACGGGUUUAUUACAGCUAUUUAGUGACGAGA